GCGAGCUCCCUUUCGCAGAACGGGCUGUGCGGCGCUGAUAACGGCGGCUGGAUAUGCGCUGGCUCAGGCUGGGGGGACUGUUGCAGCUCGUAUGGCUAUUGCGGUACUAGCAACGCUUACUGUGGAAGCGGGUGUCAGUCAGACUUCGGCGACUGCUCU